GUACAACUGGUACAGAAGCUUCACUCCACAAUGAACAGCUGUGGGAGAAUAUCCUGUAGCGACUUGAAAUCCGGGCUGAACAUCGUCUUCUCUCGGGUCAAACCGCAUACAAACUGCCGCCGGUGCUCGCAGGCAGCACCGUCCCUCAGCCGGAGCCUGACCUCUGCCGCUAAACCCGCUCCGGGCCCCGAGACGGGAGAGAAACCCCGGCUGAGAGCGAUCGACCUGGCGCGGAGGGUCCAACAGGAGAGGGCGAAGCCACCGGUGGCAGAGCCAGAGAAGCUGUCCGGUCAGCAGAAGAGGGUGACGGAGCUGAAACGGUUCAGUCUGCAGCUACAAAACGUCCAUCCAAACGUGCUGGCCAAACACCUCCACAGAGCCGUGCUGUACCGGGACAAAGAUGUGGUUGUCAUCAACAAACCGUACGGUGUUCCUGUCCGAGAUGACUCUGGGGUCACAUCCAUCUGCUCUGUGCUUCCCGUUCUCUCCAAAAUGAUGGAUGGGAUGAAGAUCAAGUCUGAUUCUCAGCUGCUCCCCUGUCUGGGACUGGAGAAGGAGACAUCAGGAGCUCUCCUGCUGGCCAGGAGUAAAGAAGUAGCAGAACACAUGCUCAACCUUCACAGAAAUAACCAGGUGCAGAGGAAGUACUGGGCCAUCACGUUUGGUGUCCCCGUGCCCUCUGAGGGGGUGAUCGACAUUCCCAUCAUAGAGAGAGAGGUCACGGGCUCUCAGCCACACUACAAGAUGGCUCUAAGUCCUCUUUUCAGAAUGAAUGAUGCAGGGGAUGGUGUGACCAAAGUCCGUGCCCACCGGCAGGCCCAUCCUGCAGUGACCAAGUACAGAGUCUUACACAGCAGCAGUGGUUGCAGCCUUGUGGAGCUUCAGCCUUUUACUGGAGUGAAGCACCAGAUGAGGGUUCACAUGGCCUUUGCUCUGACGUGCCCCAUUCUUGGUGACCACAAAUAUUCCCACUGGAGCAAACUGGCACCCCAGAGAUUACCGGAACGCGUGCUGGGAAAGCUUGGACUGGAACAGAGCAAGAUCCGGUAUCUUCCUCUUCAUUUGCUAGCUCGACAGCUGACAGUGCCAGGAACCUGUCAGACCGGCAUCAGCGUGUCCUGCCCCCUGCCCAAAUACUUCACGCAAACAUUGAAUCGACUGCAGUUAACUCUUCCCGAUAAAAAGGACGAUGAGUAAUCACCUCUUUGCUUUUCUGAAGUCAGUUUUCAGACUGCUAUGUUGGGGUAGCACUCAGAGUUAAAUGGGAAAUUAAAUUAUAUCAGGCAGGGUUAUUGUGAGGUCGUUGUGUAUAAUGAUGAAACACAGAAGAGACUGUGUGGGAAAUGACUGUACAGCGCCAUACAACUCAUUUUAGUAAUAAACAAAUGAAACAGAACUGUAA